AUGACCGAGCCGAUCAUAGUCAUCGGAGCAGGCAUCAGCGGCCUAGCCCUGGGCCAAGGACUACGUAAACACAGCAUCCCCUUCCGGAUCUUCGGAAGAGACGAGCGACUGGAUUCUCGCGCGCAAGGGUAUCGCUUCCGGCUGUCUGAUCAAGGGGUUCAGACGCUCGAGGAGAGUCUUGAUGCGAGACAGUAUCAGCGGUUCCUGGAUUGCUGUUGUACUCGAGAUGCCCCUGAGAGCAAUGUUCCGUCGUUGAUAGUGGAUGCGUUGACUGGCGAGGUUGCGAAACCGCUUUUUCAGCAGGGAGCGAGAGCGCCGGUUGGGGGCGAUACGGUGAUACUUAGUGUUGACCGCAGCGCUGCGAGGCGAGUUUUGCUGGAAGGCAUCGAGCACCACGUCCAAUUUGGCAGGGGGUUCAAAUCGUUCGAGGAGCAUGACAGCAUCAUAAAUGUUACUUUCAACGACGGCUCGAUCGCCCAAGGCUGUGCCUUGGUCGGCGCAGACGGUGUCUCCUCGCGAAUUGGCAGAUACGAAGCCAGAUUGAUCUUCGGCAAGGCGGAGCUCAGGGGAGAAGUAGAGCGGGUAUUCUCAUCUCCCGCCCGGUCAGGCUUGAGACUCAUCCGUGCUUCCCAGCAAAAUUGUCUUGUCGAAACCAUGCGGUUCAACCCGGAGCAACCGCAAGUACCGCUCGACUAUGUCUACUGGGUGCUCUUCAUGCGGAAAGACCAGUACCUGCCUGAUCACGAGCUCCUAUCCCUCGAACCGUCAGGGAUAUUUCGCCUAGCGCAAAGGUUCAGUGGGGACUGGCACGACGACUUCAAAUUGCUAUUCACCAGCGGGCACGCCCACGCGUCUGUCCUCCGCAUCCUGACCGAAAAGCCCGGAACCAUUCCACUUGCUCUCGAUGAGGGCUCGCGGGUUACGUUGAUUGGCGAUGCCGGGCACGCAAUGGCGCCUACAGCUGCGUUGGGCGCGACCACUGCGUUGGCCGAUGUAGGUAUCCUCGUAGGACGCUUGCUUGAACACGGUGGCCUUGGGCGAUGCACGGCGGCUUUCAGGGCGUACGAAAGCACGAUGAAAGAGCAUGCUGCUGCCGCGUUGGAGAAAAGUCUUUUGGGGGGCCGUGCUGUCUUUGGUAUGAAGCCGUUUGCGGAAUUGCCGAUGGUUGAGGUGUGA